AUGGCUGAUGAACCAAGCUCUUCCCAUGCGGACUUGUUUCACAAAGACGAAGACUUUAAUUCCGAUUACAAAAAUUACAACCCCAACUACGAAGGAAUGAAUAACCAAGAUCAGAACACCAGCGGAGAGUUAAUCAUGGAACAGGAGAGGCUGUUGCCAAUUGGUAAGGGUUGAUUGAGGUCCAGUAUGCUAUUGAAAAGAUCUAUUCUAAAGCUUACUGCCAGACAAUAAUCAAUGGCAAAUUAUGUAAAUUAGUAUCUGCGUUUAUGGUUCAAAAUAUAUUAUAUUAGUGAAUAAUUUUUAAUUUAGCCAACAUCCAGCGGAUCAUGAGAAGGGUGGUACCAGAGGAAGGAAAACUGUCCAAAGAAUCCAAGGACCUCGUUCAAGAGUGUGUUUCCGAGUUUAUUCAGUUCGUGGUUUCAGAAGCCAGCGAUCAUUGUCUCGAGGUUUGUUUAAAUUUGCGAAUAACUUUUUAAACAGAUGUUAAUAUUUUAAAAUGGUGAAUAAUCCUGUUUUUUAUAUCAUUUGUGCAUUAUCUUCAAAGUAUGAAAGUACCUACACCAAAUAAUAAUGCCUUGUCGUUACAGGAAAAAAGAAAAACCAUAAGCUGUGAAGACUUGUUGAAAGCUCUCAGAGACCUCGGCUUUGAUCCUUAUGUCAAUGUCCUGAAAAGAUACAUUGAAAACUACAGACUCGCGUUGGGAAAGCCUUCACAACCUGUAAGUCCAUCUUUUGUAACAUAAUUCCGAAUUUAGAUCAAUUUGGAGCCCAGUAAACCAUCAACAUCGGGUGUAUGCAGCGUUCACAAUCACAGUCCUGGAGAAGUUCCUACUUUAACGCUAAGAGCGACAUCUGAAACCCCAUCGUUUGUUUGUCAACCAGAACAGCCACAAGAGCAACAACAGGAAGCUCAACAAGACAACAAUGAUCCACAAUCGCUGGAACAAGUUCAAGUCUUUAUUGACAGUCAGAGUGGACAGCAUUACAUGGCUGUGAGGGGUAGGUUAAUUAUAACAUGAUCAUCAUUUAAAAACUCGUACUAUUUGCUUUGUUCUAAGCUAAUAUUAAUAUCAACUGAAAUACGAAUUAUAAAUUGCCGCAUUUUUCAGACCCUCAAACUGGAGAAGACCGUCUGAUUCCAGUCAGCCUCAAUGUCGACCAACUCGCUCAGCAAGCUGAGGAAUAA